GACGUCAUAACUUCGCGCCCAGUGUGGCACCACCAUCCGAGCUUCCGAGUCUCGACGCCUAUCGCCUGUACACCAGACAGAGGACGAUAUUAGGACUUUUUUUUCAACGAUGAGCGGUGAAAAGUACCCAAUGUCCUCAAUAGAGGAUGACUUCAACUAUGGCACAAACGUCGCCACUGCUAGUGUCCAAAUACGUAUGGACUUUCUGCGGAAAGUGUACACUCUGCUGAGCUUGCAGAUAAUUCUGACGACGGCCACAUCUGCCCUUUUCAUGUUCUCUCAGACCAUCAAGGAGUUUGUCCAUGCCAGCCCGGCUGUGGUUUUGGGUUCAGCUCUGGGCUCCCUGGUCCUGCUUCUGGCCUUGGCUGUGUACAGACAUAAGCAUCCAGUCAACCUUUACCUGCUGCUUAUGUUUACUCUGCUGGAGGCAAUCUCCGUGGCCACAGCUUUGACUUUCUACGACUACUCCACUGUGCUCCAAGCUUUGUUUCUGACUUGUGCUGUGUUUGCCGGCCUGACCACCUACACCUUCCAGUCCAAGAGAGACUUCACUAAACUGGGAGCAUUUCUUUUCUCCUGCUUGUGGAUCCUCAUAAUUGCAAGCGUCAUGAGGGUCUUUUUCAACAGCGAUAGCACAGAGCUGCUGUUCGCCGGGACAGGGGCUUUAGUCUUCUGUGGCUUCAUUAUCUAUGACACCCACAUGCUGAUGAAGCAGCUGUCCCCCGAGGAGCACAUUUUGGCAUCCAUCAACCUCUACCUGGACAUCGUCAACCUCUUCCUUCACAUUUUACGUAUCCUCGACUCGAUGAAGAAGCACUAAAAAGAAGCUGCUCUGCUGGCCACACUCAAUCAUGCCAUCACUAAUUGAAUUAAUGCUGUGUCUUGAAUUGAAUUGAGACACCUGUCUUUACACUCUGACUCUACACUUGUAAAUAUUGAAAUGUGAUGCACGCUCAUUUACAAAAGCAACCAAAACCACAAUGAAAUAAGAUCCAAAUGUGUUAAAAUAUGAACCUUUUAAAAGUGCAAAAGAUCAAAAUAAUCUUAAAUUGUACAGUUAUAUGUGUGAUACCAUUACAUGUCCGAUACGCAGUCUUGUAUAAAGUAUCCAAAACCCUUAACUUCUUGUUAAAUGUGGCGCCGCAUACAAAUAACCAAUUAUACAAAAUACACAACUUUAUUCUUUGGAUUGAUUGCCGUGCGGCAUUGCAGCAAUUGGCUACCGAAAAGUAACGACUAAUUUUUUUUAAAUGUAUGGAUUUAAAAUAUCAAUUUUAUUUGACAACUAUAUUAAGGGACAACUAGGCGCCUACAGAACCCAAACAAAAAAGAAAAAACCAACUGCAAGUGCAUAUUUUGUUUAUUACUGAAUGUUUAAACAUGUCUGAAGAUUUACACAAGAUGGAUAUUUUAAGGUGUUUAUUCAAGUGUUUUUAUUCCAAUGAGGCUAUGUGCAAUGUAUUUCAACAUCACUAUCGAGAAGUUCCCUGAGGAACUUUUUGCUGGAAAAUGCCACAACACAUCACAGCAUAACAUACCAACCUCUGGAAAAGUGUGCCCACUCCAGUCUGCUAUUAAACAUACUGCAGCAGUCAUUGCAAUUUCCAGACACCAAGCAAGUGAUGCAUCGCCCGAAGUUGCUCAUUUGAGGUCAUUUUGGUAUGACGUCAUCACUAUGUUGCUGACAGCCACUAAGGGGGGGAGGGGGGCAUAUUUGCAUACAUUUGGCGGCUCUAGUAUGUUAUUUUUUUUC